AUGAUACAGCUAACAAAAAUCAAUAAUGUAAUUGUGGAACCAAUCAAACUACCACAACCACCAAAAAAUGUAAAAGGAUCAGAAUUAUUUAAUCAAUUAAAUGCAAAUAUAUUGGUAUGUGCUCCAAAGAAUAGCGGCAAGACUGUUGUUAUUAAAAAGAUUAUAGAUGAAUGUACUAACAAACAAACAAAUGUUUUAAUCUUUUGCGCAACAGUUCACAAUGAUCAUAAUUUAUUCAUUUUCAACCAAAGAGAAAUAUCAUUUUCUUUACACAAAAAAAUGAACAAGAACAGAGUAUGGAUUUCAAAUGAUGGAGCUUGUAUUCACACAACAGGUUUGGGUGGCCAACAAGGAGAUGGAUUUGGAGAUUGGUUUAAAAGAGCAUAUGAUUUUGUCAAAGAAAACAAAUUAAUAUCACGAGGAGCAAAGGCACUUGGUGAUGCUGGUGUUCCUUAUGCUAGCAAGAUUGGAGACAUACAACAUCACAAUCAACAAUAG